AGUUGGGUCAAGUUUUUCUCAGCGUGCAAAACAUGGAGGAUUGUGAAAUUAUCGGCAUUAUAUUUGAAUUCAUAGGCGAUAUAUUGUUUGGCUCGGAUGACAGCGACGAUUACAAUUAAAAAGGUGUUCAAGUAGCCCAACGAUGACGGAACAAUAAAAAUAAACAUUAAUUAAAUUGCUAAAAAAGAGUAAAAAGUAAAAAAAAAAAAAAAAAAAAAACAAAUAGUAUAAUUCAAGCUAUAAAAAGCCUGGUGAAAAUCAUGGAAGUACUUUAAAACUUUAUCAAAAUGGAUUGCUGCGCCAUUGUGGAGAUAUUUGUGGCCUUUCUUAACGAUCUGUUUUUCUCGGAUAUCAAAACUCCUUCUUUCUCUCUCUCCAUGCAUUAGCUGAUGAGGAAUACUUUGGAGAAUACUAUGAUGAUUAUUAUUACAACUAAAAAUGUCCGACAUCUACGCAAUCUAUUAAUAAAUUUGUUUUGAACAGCAA